GUUACAGCCCUAGUUUCUACGCUUCCUGAGGUGAACUAUUUCCCAAUUCAUCAGACAAAAUGUCGUGGGAAAAAGGAUCUCCACAAUGUAAAUCUGACAAAUCUGAAGAAGAUCCCACAAAGGUAGUUAAGAUUGACUUCAAGAAAGUUGACAAACUCGAUAUUACAGUACUUUGCUCCAUAUGCCAACAAACGGUACACAUUAGCGAAAUUCUUUUCCAUAAAAAAGUCCACCAGGCUCUGGCAGUACUGGAUUAUCACCGGCCAUGGGUGGAAUCAAUAGAUGUAAAUAAAAUAGUUCUUCAGAGAAAACGCCUGCUUUUAAAAAUGAAAAAAUAUAAGACUCCUAAGUAUGUUGAACGAAAGACGGAGAAGAUUGGCUGUUCAUUUGAUCUCCUUAAAGAAAGCAUGAAGCCAACUCCAUAUUUUUGCAUUGAUAGUAUUGCUCAAAGUUCUGUGCACGUUGAAGAAGUUACCAAUCCACUGAUAAAAGCCAUCGCAAUAUGUCAAGACAAAAAUGCUCGUUGGCAUGAAAACUUGGAAGACGUAUUUGUCGUGUUAGACAAUUAUGGGAACAGGGCAGGUACGUCCUUUCUUGGGGUUUUUGAUGGAAGCGAUGGAAUCUCUGCUGCAGAGACGACGUCCGUGGAACUUCCCGUUUUACUCCUUGACCAGCUUUCUCACGAAGAUCCGUCCUACCAAGUGAGUGAAGCUGGGAAAGAAUUCAUAGAUUCCUUCUGCACCGUCUUCAGGGCAGAUUACAUAGUGAGGGAGAGACUUUUCACUCAGAAGGGUGCCAGAGGCAAGAAGUCUUGGCCAGGUGAUUAUGAAUGGAUUCACAGAGCAUAUGCGAAGUCUUUCUGGCGUAUGGACAGGCUUUUGCGGCUUGGGAGAAACGAAGUUUCCAGAGUCUGCUGGAGCAGUUGUACAGCUGCCACCUGUAUAAUAGAAAAUAUAAGCAACGAAAAGGAAAGCCAACCUGAAGAAGAGGAGGAGAAAAUGCUUGAAAAGGUAACUGAGGAAGAGGAACAGAACGUCGGACAACAGAGCGAGGAGGAGAUGCCUAAAAGGAUAUUCAUAGCAAAGAAAAAAGGUGACGCAGAACAGGGAGUGGCUCUGCUUAUAACUAAGAAAGAGAGGGGCAGUGUCACAGAACAGCAGCCAGAGGAGCCACUUGGAGGAACCAACGGCAAAAAGGAAAGCAGCACAGUAGAGUCAGAAAACAAUGAGCAGGUUGCCAAUAAUAAGGAUGUGAUUCAGGAAGAGAAUCUGCUUGAAAGCAAGGAACAGCAGCAAGAAGAAUCACUUGAAAGAACAGAUGAUCAUGCCAGAGAGCCAGGGGACAAUGUUCAGAUUGCUGAUCACAUAGAUGGGGGCAAGGAAGAGGGUCUCCUUGAAAACAUGGAAGAGCAGCAAGGUGAGUCACCUGAAAGAACAGAUGAUAACACUGGAGAGCCAGGAGACAAUGUGCAGAUUGCUGAUCAUAUAGAUGGGGGCAAGGAAGAGGGUCUCCUUGAAAACAUGGAAGAGCAGCAAGGUGAGUCACCUGAAAGAACAGAUGAUAACACUGGAGAGCCAGGAGACAAUGUGCAGAUUGCUGAUCAUAUUGAUGAGAGCCAGGAAGAGUCUCUUCUUGAAAACAUGGGACAGCAACAAGGUGAGUCAUCUGAAAGAACAGAUGAUCACACCAGAGUGCCAGGAGACAAUGUGCAUGUUGCUGAUCAUAUAGAUGAGAGCCAGGAAGAGGGUCUGCUUGAAAACAUGGAACAGCAGCAAGGAGAGUCAUCUGAAAGAACAAAUGAUCUCACCGCAGAGCCAGGAGACAACGAGCACAUGGCAGAUAGCAUAGAUGGGAGUCAGGAAGAGGAAGAGCUUGAAGGCGACAAUAGUUCUGCACCGACAGAAGAAAAAAUUGGACUCAUGCAUAUUGCUAAUAUUGGCAAUGUUCAUGCUGUUUUAUGCAAAAAUGGGAAAAGCUAUUGGGUUACUAAAGAACACAGCACUUAUUCUAGAGAAGAAAGGAUCCGUGUUCUUAAGAAUGGUGGCUAUAUCAGCAGCAAUGAACCCAAAGGACUGAUAGAAGGACUUAUCAAGAGCACUCGGGGCCUUGGCCACCACGGCAAUCCAAAGCUGAAAAAUACUGUCAUUCCUGUACCACAUACAAUCUCCUUUCCUGUUGACGAUUCAUGCCAAUUUCUUAUUUUAGCUUCUAAUGGACUCUGGGAAGUUCUGGAUAAAAGUGAAGCAGUACUAUUGACAUUAACAAUGUUUUCUGCUUAUCUGGAAAAGUAUCAGCGCUCCCAACUGAAGAAAGCCCGCAUGCCCAAAGGCUCUGAGUUACCUUCGAAUGAUUUGGAAACUGAAUUCUAUUCAUGGUAUUUAAAUAAAGAUUUUUUGGCAGAUAUUGACUUACAAAAUUUAAGGUCCUCAAGUAGCGUUGUGCAAGAAGAAGAGAUGGUUCAGUCACGUUCCUCAGCAGAGCAAGAACCAGAAGCAGAGGAAGAACCAGAAGAAGCAGCGGAAGAAUCAGAAGCAGAGGAAAAAUCAGAAGCAGAUGAGGAAGAAGCUGCAGAAGAAGAAGGGAAAGAUAAUUGUGUUAUGGUCAACAGUGAUUAA